GCUCGCUGUCCCCGCACACAUCCGGCGGAAGUGACGUUUUCUGGGGGUCGCCAUUCACACCCGAGCGAAGGGGAACAUCCCAAGACUUGGACUCAUUGAAAUGGGUCGUCAAUUUGGAAACUUGAUUCGGAUGCGGCACAUCAUCACCUACACCAUCUCUCCCUUUGAACAGAGAGCGUUUGCAAAUUAUUUCUCCAAAGGCAUCCCCAAUGUGUGGAGACGAUUCAGAGCGCAGGUGUUUAAGGUUGCUCCUCCAUUCGUGCUGACGUACCUGGUGUACACCUGGGCCAACCAAGAAAAUGAGCGGUUAAAGAGAAAGAAUCCUGCUGACUUUGCCAAUGAUGAGUGAAUCAUCCUGAGCAGAGGGAGCCAUCCUCCUGACUGAUUUAAUGCAGUGUGUUCUUCAUGAACCUUGCUUGUUGCUUCUUUCUGCUGAAUAAAUUCUCCUAUUGUGGAAAAUAAAUAUUUAUGAUGUAUAA